GGAUGCUUCACAUUUAUACAUCCGGUGAAAGAUGUUGUUCAUUGUGGAUCCCACUUCGUUGCUUAUCUACUCAGAUCCUCAUCCGUCCUUGUGAUCAGAGAUGCCGGGGUUAGAUUCAUCGGCAAGUGUUGACCAAACUGUGGAAAACAUUGGAAGACUCCCACCAGAUGUAUUGGCAGAAACAUGUCAGCAGAUUCUGAGUCAUCUCCAAGGGCAGGCCAGGGGAGUAGAUUCUGCUGAAAUCUCUGAUAAGUUUCAAAAAGCUGGGAUCCAACUUGACAAAGAGGCUCUACAGGAGGUUGUCCAAUUUCUCUUGUUAACAUUCAGGUCCACUGAAAAGAGCAACCUCUCUGCUGAUGUACUGGUAGCUAGGCUGGGAGAGGGCAGCAGUAAGUGGUCCAAAGCUGCUCUUCAGGUGCUCCACCGGCUGUGGAGUGAUCAGGGUACCCUAGUCAACACGCACCAAGAGGUCCAGGCCAUGCUUAGCAUCGGACAGCUGGUGGACAUGCAGUGGAAGCUGGGCAUGGCGGUGAGCUCGGACACCUGUCGCUCUCUCAACUCCCCCUAUGUCUCCCUCCUGCUGAAGAUCGCAGACACCUCUGGACAGAUCUCCCAACGGUCCUUUGAAAUGACCAUUGCACAAUUCCAUAACUUCUACAGUCAAUUCAAGGAGGUGGCAGCUGUUUUGGAAACAGUAUGACGCUCUGGGGCCCAGAAACCGCUCCUUGAUGAGAAUGCCCUGGCCUGUAUUGACAGUUGACAGUAUUGGUAAUGUUUACGCUCAAAGCAUUUGUGUCCACGAAUGCUGAAUUCUCGCAAAUGUAUUAAUAAGCCAUGCAUUAACAUUAAUACUUCAACACCUAAAAUUAGUUUACUCAAAAUACUAAUAAUUAUGGAUAUUGAUGAAUAAUCAUGCAUAUUACAAGUAGUGUAAUCUAUAAGCGUGAAGUAGGCCUAGUUCAGAUUUCGCUGCCCUCCUUGUAUAGAUGCCCAGAAAAUAUACUUUGGCUCUUUUGAUGAAAGAAGUGCAACACUGAUUGUACAGUAUAUUCACAAUGACGUGAAUAAUUCAUUGACAUUUUUACAAUAUGGUACAAUAUUUUGCACUGCAAGACUAUCACCAUUUAUGACCCUGGUUCAGCACUGUUGAUAUGUAGACAGACAUACAGUACCAGUCAAAAGUUUGGACACACCUACUCAUUCAAGGGUUUUUCUUUAUUUUUAC